UGCUCCUUUUCCUCGCGGUUCCCGCUUAUGGGUUUAUGGGAGGUUUCGCACAUCCCAAACUUCCGACUACUUUGAAAUCAACUGAUGCAGUUGAAGAUAGGAUCAAGCAAUUGAUUGACCAUGACCGGCCGCUGGACACAAGAACCUUCAGCCAAAGAUACUACAAGCGGAUCGGAAGCAUCAGAUUAGGCGGGCCGAUAUUCCUGUUCCUCGGCGGAGAGGCCGAAUCCUGGGGAGGCUACGUGUCUAAUGAAUCUUUCAUCGGGCAAAUGACUGAUAGGAUGAAUGGCGCUGCUUUCGAGCUCGAGCAUCGCUACUAUGGAAUCAGUCAGCCGUUUGACACCCUGGAAACCCAAAAUUUGCAAUAUUUGAGUAUUGACCAAGCGCUGGCCGACGCUGCUUAUUUUGCCCAGCAAAUGGUUCAGAUUUACGGUUUCUCGGGUCCGUGGAUCGUAUGCGGCUUCUCAUACUCGGGGAUGCUGGCUGGGUUCGCGAGGCAGAAAUAUCCGCACAUUUUCCACGCCGCUUACUCUUCUAGCGGCCAGCAAGAGGCCAAAAUUGAUUUCUUUGAAUAUCAUGAGAUGACGGGUAUCGGGUUAGGGAAGGUGAAUCCACUGUGUCCAGGAUAUCUUUCGGCUGCAAUGGACGAAAUGGUUGCGCGAGUCACCAGUCAAAACCAGGCGGACGUGCAAUUCGUUGCUCAAGCUUUCAAUUUGUGUCCCGAGUCAAAUCUCAAGAUUGCCAACGAUGCGAUGGGUUUGUACUCACUGGUGGCGAACGUUUACGGGUGGGUGGUGCAGUUCGCGCUCCCAGGAAUGAUUGCCACCGAGUGCGAGCUCCUGAUCGACGGUCCCGGCACUCCGCUGCUCAACCUGGCGGAGGUCGUCAACCAGGCAUUCCCGUCAGGAUGUCUCGACGUGCACUACGACGGAAUUGUCGAAUUCUAUAAAAACAGCACGCAAAUCGAGCCUGGAAAUAACUACCGCCAGCACUUGUACCAAACGUGCCUUGAACUGGGGUGGUAUUUCACCCUGUCGGGAAAUACACCGUUUGGAAAUGUAGUUCCUGUCGAGUAUUACAUCAACAUGUGCGCCGACGUUUUCGGCGAGCUGUUUACUCAGGAGCUCCAGGAGACUGGAGUGGCCCGAACCAACCUGGAGUUUGGCGGCAAAACACCUGACGUGACCAGGACGAUUUUCACUCACGGCACCUUUGACGGUUGGAGCAAAGUGGCAGCGGAGACGGAUAUAAAUCCGGACGCGCCUGUCAUCGUGAUUCAAGAUGUCGGCCAUGCUGCCGACGUGUUUUUCUCUGCAAACGAGCCACCGCAACUGAUUGAAGCUAGACAGCAAGUCGAGGCGCAGCUCUCGGAGUGGAUUUUGCUGCAUGACAAAAAUUAAUUAUUUUAAUGUAUGAGCAUGAACUAGUCAA